UACUAUACGAUAAUAUUUAUUUAAUUAAUUUUAGCUAUACAUACAUACAGAGAGAAGGAAGAACAAGCAAUAAAAGGAAACGGGGCAGCACAGAAAAGACGUGAUGCAGAUUUCGUUCAAUGACUGAUGUUUUACAGUUGCGUGUCGAUUAUCUUCUCUGAUUCGAAUUAUUGGUCGAUUCUUGACUUUAUAACCCAAUGGAAUUUCGAUUGAUUUGAGCAUAUAUCCUAUUGGUGGCUGCGUUCGUUGAUUUUUCGAGUUUGACGUCGGAGGAGUAGCCGGAAGAUUCCGCAAUUCGCAAUUUUCGGCAGAACUUCAUCAUCGUCAAGGUUUUGUUGUUGUUCAAUCUGAAAUCUCAGGGAGGUUUGGUUGCUCAUUAGUGACCUACCGCCGUUUUCCCCGGCGCGUUUAAUGGCGGCGGAGAUACGCUAUUCUUCGCCCAGCGCCGGCGACCUCUCGUCGGUCGUCCACGCUCCGUCACGGCCAGUUAGGAUUAUUGAGCUUCAGCAUCCGACCGGCAAACCCGCAGCGGCGGGGCCUCCUAUUUGGGAGAAAUGGAAGGGGAAGAUGAAUCGAAUGACUCGGAGGGAGUGGAUUCAGCUAUUCCUGCCGUGCUACCGUUGGAUGAGCACGUAUAAAUGGCGUGAAUACCUCCAGGCGGAUCUCAUGGCCGGCACCACCGUCGGCGUCAUGCUCGUCCCUCAGUCAAUGUCGUAUGCAAAGCUUGCUGGACUUCACCCAAUCUACGGACUAUACUCUGGUUUUGUACCUAUAUUUGUGUAUGCCAUUUUUGGAUCCUCACGCCAGCUUGCAAUUGGCCCUGUUGCUUUGACAUCCCUAUUGGUGUCUAAUGUAUUGGGGAAGAUAGUCGAUUCGUCGGAACAAUUGUACACAGAGCUUGCAAUACUGUUGGCGCUUAUGGUCGGCGUUCUCGAAUGCAUAAUGGGGCUUUUAAGGCUUGGAUGGCUCAUCCGAUUCAUCAGCCAUUCUGUGAUUUCUGGAUUUACUACAGCCUCAGCCAUUGUGAUUGCGUUGUCUCAAGCGAAAUACUUUCUGGGUUAUGAAAUAACACGCAGCAGCGAAAUUAUUCCACUGUUCGAAAGCAUUUUUCAAGGAAUAGACAAGUUCUCGUGGCCACCUUUCUUAAUGGGAUCUGCUAUAUUGGCUAUUCUCUUAAUCAUGAAACACUUGGGGAAAUCCAGUAAAUCUUUGCGUUUUUUGCGAGCAUCUGGUCCCCUUACAGCUGUUGUUUUGGGUACAGCCUUUGUAAAAGUAUUUCAACCGUCUUCAAUUUCGUUGGUUGGCGAAAUACCCCAGGGGUUGCCUCAAUUCUCAGUCCCGAAGAAAUUUGAGUAUGUGCAGCCAUUGAUUUCUACAACGAUUCUCAUUACUGGCGUAGCUAUUUUGGAAUCUGUAGGGAUUGCGAAAGCACUUGCUGCAAAAAAUGGAUAUGAACUGGAUUCCAAUCAAGAGUUAUUUGGCCUCGGUGUGGCAAAUAUCGUUGGUUCUUUCUUUUCAGUGUACCCUACAACUGGAUCGUUUUCGAGGUCAGCUGUGAAUCAUGAGAGCGGGGCAAAAACUGGCUUGUCUGGGAUAAUCAUGGGAAUAAUUAUGGGCUGUGCAUUACAAUUCCUGACCCCUUUGUUCGAAUACAUACCCCAGUGUGCCCUGGCUGCCAUUGUUAUUGCUGCUGUUGUUGGACUGGUGGAUUACGAAGAGGCUGCUUUCUUGUGGCGUGUGGACAAGAGAGACUUUCUUCUAUGGACCAUUACUUGCUUUAUUACCUUGUUCCUCGGCAUAGAGAUUGGUGUCCUUGUUGGUGUUGGUGUGUCGCUUGCAUUCGUAAUACACGAAUCGGCUAAUCCACACAUUGCUAUCCUAGGCCGGCUGCCUGGAACGACCGUGUAUAGAAACAUCCAGCAAUAUCCGGAAGCUUAUACGUACCACGGGAUUGUCAUUGUCCGGAUAGAUGCACCAAUCUAUUUUGCAAAUAUAAGUUACAUCAAAGACCGGCUUCGCGAAUAUGAACUUGAGCCUGACCUGUCUACAAAGCGCGGCCCUGAAGUUACAAGAAUUCAUUUUGUCAUAAUUGAGAUGGCCCCUAUCACUUACAUUGACUCCAGCGCUGUUCAAGCUUUGAAAGACUUGCACCUGGAAUACAAGUCGCGCAACAUUCAGAUAGCCAUUUCCAAUCCCAACAAGGAUGUGUUGCUGACCCUUACAAAAUCCGGCGUGGUCGACCUGAUCGGCAAGAACUGGUUUUUCGUCCGAGUACACGACGCAGUCCAGGUUUGUCUGCAACACGUGCAGAGCUUAAGCGAUUCUCCAAGAGCUCAAUCCUCGAUCCAGGACAAUAAACCGAGCAUUAUCCAAAGAUUAAUGCAACAUAGACCUGACGAAAUGUCCCUAUCGCAGCUGGAGUCAGGUGGCCGCGAAAUCUUCUCUUUUAAAGACGACGGUAGUCAUCUCGAGCCACUUUUGAGGCGAAAGCCUUGAUUGAACAGACAUCCGAUUCCCAUCGACUGACCACCGGCUCGGUUUGACGUGGCUGAUAUGUGUUUGUAAGUAUGUAUUUAUGAAUGUAUGUAUGUGUAUGAUUUGUGAAAGCAUAUGUUGGUUUCUCUCAACACAGGUGAUGGUCUUAUUUGUUGAAAGUAGAAAAGCAUAUCUAAUGCCUAUUUGGUUUUGUACGCGUAAUUGGUGUUAAUGCAGAAAUAUUGAGAUGUAAGACAUCAUAACAACCGAAUGGGAUGGCACAUCUUGGUCUUGCUUAGUAUAUAAAGCAUGCCUAGUGUGAUUUUUCUUGCCAGCAUAAUUUGCAAAGUUAUUAUGUUCGAUUGAAAAUU